AUGGAAAUAUAUCACUCAGUUGGCAUCGAAAACACCGACCCCGCUCCGGACGACUUCAAGCUUGAACGGGCUCAUGUUGAAAGUGUGACUGGGAAAUGGCACAAGAACUCAUCCUGGUCUGAUACCGAAAAGCAACAGAAGACUGAUGAUGGGAAAACUCAUUUUCAAAACGAAGAAUGCCCAAAGGAAGAAUACUCUGCUGCUCGUGGGCACGAGCACUCGAAGCUAGGCGCGGAUAUCCGGCGCCAACAUACACUUUUGAGUGUGGAGCAAGAUGAAAAUGGUGUGACUGUUACUGUCAAAGAUCCUCAAGGAGUUCAACUUCACAUCAAAGGGUCAUACCUCAUUGCUGCAGACGGUAACCGAAGCACGGUCCGUGAACUUCUGCAAAUUCCACGCCAGGGCCGUGGAUUCAUGCAAACUAUUCAGAGCGUCCUCUUCCGUGCUCCUCUCCAGCAAUGGACAAGGGGUAUAGUGCAAUUUGAUAUCGACCAACCCAACUUGAAGGCCUUCCUCACAUCUUAUAGCGAUGGUCGUUGGGCCUUAAUGUUCAAAGACGACAUCGAGCGCGACAAAGAGGUUCUGCGUGCAGCUAUAUACCAAGCUGUUGGAACCAAUUCAUUUCCCCUUGAAAUCAUCACCACGGCAAAUUGGGAGCUCACAGCCCUUGUGGCAGAUACAUUUCAAUCAGGUCGUAUCUUCCUAGCAGGCGAUGCAGCACACACUCUGCCUCCUAAUCGUGGUGGGUACGGCGCGAACACGGGUAUCCACGAUGUACAUAACCUCGCCUGGAAACUGGCUGCUGUGCUAUCGGGACAGUCUUCGGCAGAGCUCUUGGAAACUUACGAUGCUGAAAGGAGACCGGUGGCACUGCUGAGACAUGACCAGAUUUUUGUUCGUGCAGACUAUAAGGUUCAUUUGCAAACGGCUAUGCCAGCUGGAGAAAAGAUUGAUGACGAUGCGAUGGAGUUUGGGCAAAUUUAUCUUUCGAAGGGGAUCAUCGGGUCAGAUGAGUCCCUGCCUAAAGCUUUGAAGCCUGAUGAAUGGAAAGGUCAGCCGGGUACUCAUUUGCCCCAUUUUUGGGUUGAAAUGAAUGAAGGAUGUCAGUCAAGUCUUGACCUCAUUGGCUCCAAUUCGUGGACCUUACUUUUCACGUCUGGAGAAUGGGCUGAUGCGGUCUGCCAAAUCAAUAAGAGGUCUCGCAUUCCACUCAAGGGCAUCCAUGUUGGACAUGGCGUUCGAGUUGUUCCUUCAGGGGACUUUUCCGCGUCGUUUGGAAUUUCUGAAAAUGGCUGUGUCCUUGUCCGUCCAGACGGGUACAUAGCUUGGAGAUUGACUGAUUUGCCCUCCAAGUGUCAGCAAAUGCUUGAAGACAUUCUUGGCCAAGUCGCAUUUCAAGCGGGUGAUCUUGCAAAAUAG